AUGCCAUCGGCAGAAGCCAAGCAUGCCUCCGGCCGCAGUCCUCGCUCAAGCUUCGCGGGACGAUCAACUUCUCUGGGCAGAAGUCAGCAGACCCCUUCAUCGCCGAGGUCUCCCAAGGGUCGCGCACACCGCUCUUUGCCGCUGCCCGGAGCUUCGUCGGGCUCGAGUCCAGCUACUGUCAAGCAGCCGCUAUGCCAGCGCCAGUGCUGCGUGCCGAGCGCAACCCGGUGCCAAAAACCGCGCGAAGCACCGCGGCAGUUCAACCGACGGCCGCAUGAGUCAGCCAAUCCGUCGGCGGCCGUGGCAAGUGGCGGCGGCGGCCUUUUCAGCGACAGUUCCCUGGUGCGCAGCAGCGCCGGGCCCAGGCUGGCGGUCACAUCGCGACGGCGCCAGUCCGAACCCAGCCCCAGCAGACCGCCGCCGCCGCCGCGGGCACCCCAUUCCCAUCCUCAACCGCGCCUGCAGCCCUCGGCACCUCAACAGCAGGUGCAGCAGGUUCAGGCACCGCGACAAGCACCGCCUCCGCCGGCGACGGCUCAGACGAUACAGCCUCCAUCACAAAACCGCUCGGGCACGCUGUUCGCCUUCACCGUCGCCGCUUUCGUGCUGCUCUGCAGCGGCGCCAUCAGCGCCUACUACGUGUGGUACAGCCACGGAGAAUUCGCCCGGCAGCGCACGACGGGACUCAACAGGUUCGCCGUAGCAGUGCAGAGGCCGCAAGCGGAGACGCCGGCGGAAAUGCCGCCACCGCUGCUAGUCGCACCACCGGUUCCAGCGGGCGAGCAACCGGCGCCGCCGCCGCAGCCAGAGACAACCACCACGUCGACAACGAAGCGCGAAAUGUACUUCGGCACGCCGCUGGGUCGUCGGCGCGCGCUCAAGCUGCGGCCCGAAGACGACACGACGUCGGAGCUGGCGAGCAAGCGGCGCCGCUGUCUGACGCGCUUCUGUCAAGAGCGCAGCGACGCGGUGCUCUCGGCGCUCAACUGGACCAUCGACCCGUGCACGGACUUCGAGGCGUUUACUUGCUCCAGAUGGCAGGCGCCGGCGCCGGCCGAGGCCCUGCUGGCCGAACAAUUGGAGCGCGAGUUAUACCUUUCGCUUUCGAGCAAGCUCAAGCCGGAGGUGUGGCGCGUCGAAGGACUGCUCGAGGAGUGCCUGCGCAGUCCGCUGCCGCAGGCGUCGCGGCUACAGCUGCGAGCUCUGUUGCGCGACAUGGGUCUGUACGGCUGGCCCUUUCGCGCCGAUGCCCAGAGUCGUGGCGACGUGUGGAAGGCCGCCGCUCUGCUCUUCCGCCACCUGUCCCUGACGCCACUGCUGGGCGUCGCCGUGGCGCCGCACCCGCGAAACGCGUCGCAGCCGCUCGUGACGCUGGACGAGCCGGACAUGCUGCCGGACGCCGCGCACGCGCUGGACGCCGCUUUCAAGCACUACACGCCGGGCCGCUACGUGGAGCUCGCCGAGCGCGUCAGCGACUUCUCGUCGCGGCUGUCGCAGAUCGUGACGGGACGGCGCGCGGCGCGCCUGAGCACGCUGCGGAGCCACGCGUCGUUCGCGCCUUUCUUGGCGCUUGCGCUGGGCGACCUGGUGAGGCUGCAGGAGCGCACGCCGUUGUUGGUGCGCUGCGAGCGCUUCGUACGCGCCCUCAAGGCGCUGCUGCACGCGACGCGAAACCGGGACCUGCUCAACUACCUGGGAUACCGGGCGCUCGUCCACGUCUCGCCGUUGCUCACCGAGGAGGCGCGGCCGCUGGCGGCGGCGCGAAUGCUGCAGAUCACGGGACGCCGCCGCUACGGCUGGCCACGCUGGCGACGCUGCGUCCGACUCGCCGAGCGCGCCGCGCCCGAGCUGAUGGCGUACGCACUGGCCCGAGCCGCACAGCUGGACCGGCUGGCCGGGCUGCGGUUCGCUCGGGACCUGGCAGCGGCCGUGAACGAGUCGCUCGGCGCCUUCGCGUGGCUCGCAGAAGCGGACCGCCGCAACGCGCGCACCUUGCUCGCUGCACUGGACGUGCAGGUAUUCUACCCGGCCUGGAUCGGCAACUCGACGCUGCGCGAGGCCUACGACUCGCUCUUCCCCGAGGUGACGCGAGGAAACGUGCUGCAGACAUACAGGGACUUCACGCGCAAGUUGACGGAACGUCGGCUGGCGGCGCAGCUCGGCACCGGGGGCGUCGCCGACGGUUCCUCCGGCAGAAGCGGCGCCAAAGGCGGUGCCACAUCCGUGCUGGACGCCCCGCUGGGCGCCCCGUGGCCCUGGUCGGCGCUGGACGUGCGCGCGGGUCUGGACGCGGACGCGCUCAGAGUGUACGUGCCACCCGCGCUGGUCAACGGCAGCACACGCGGCGGAGACGCCUGGCUCGCCGCCCAGCUGCCCGCGCAGGGUCCGAGGCUGACGCAGGCGCUCCUGGAGGCUUUGCACGAACGGGCGCACCCUGCGGCGCGCUACCACUGGUCGCUCAACACCAGCGUCCAGGCCAGUAUACAUCGAGCGCCCCGCGCCCGCAGCGACGGUUUAUACUCUAUAGAAGAACAAAAUGAAUGCUGACAAUUGCUUUAACCUCUCACGUUAUAUUUAACUGUUUUUUUUUCUACUAUACUGUCUAAGCGACUACGUUCAGUGUGCUUGUGCUCGGUUAACUCCAUCAGCUACCGCUGCAGGAGUUAACCGAGCACUGCAUGAGCAUGACUGACUGCAUGAGUACGACUGGCUUUACGAAAACUUCGUCCCACGAUCGAAAUCGAUGGCUAUAGACUCGGUUAUGCACUACGCUUAAAAUGUAAGGAAUGCGUUAAAGAUUAAUUUUCGACCAACAGGAGUGGCGCCAAUAUAUUUCUUUAAUAAACAGAACACUCAACACCAGCGGGGAAACUUAAAAACUAAAAAAAAAAAUUGCAGGAGAAGCAAGAGCGAUCGAUAUGACGUUGCAAGCUGACAUCUCUCCUCGAGGAAUAUUAAAAUCUGAAGACUUUCAUUCGAAACUUCAUCCGGGUGCUAUAUAUGAGCGCUUGAAUACUAACGAGAUAUGUUUUUUAUCUAUAGCAAUGAGCGACUCUCUCGACUUGACCAUUGACUCUCCGCUCAUUCUGCCGCGCGCAACGUCGCACGCAGGCCGCCCAGCUGGAGCGGUGCUUGCAGCCCGCCGGCGGCCUGGUGGUGCGGCUGUCGCUGGAGCCCGCGCAGGCGCUCUUCGCCCGCUACGUGUCCGCAGUGCGCGCUCAGGGCAUCCAGGACGCCGCGUUCCUGGCGCCGGGCAACGUCACCUCGGAGCGGCUUUUCUACGUGCUGUUCGCCCUGGGCGGCUGCGGAGACAACGCCGGCGCCGCGAAGGGGCGCGUCAACGCGGCGCUGCGCGAGACGCCGCAGUUCGCGGCCGCGUGGGACUGCCGCGUGCGCAGCCCCAUGGCACCCCGACAGCAGUGCCUGCCGCCGCACGAGACCGCUCCUUCCGCGUGAGCGCCUCCUUGUACGCGGAAGCACGCGAGCGGACGAACGGUUACUGCGUGCUCCGGAGACCACCACAAACUGCGUUUCUGUCGACGCGGCCCCCUACUGUGCACGAAAGCCAACGUUUCGAAGCAGCAGUUCUCUUCACCGGCUGCCUUGUCGCGAUGCCUGAUCAGUGUACAUAUACGUCUUCCAACACAGUCCCAGGUGGCAGUCUGGGUUUGCGUUCGGUGCCAUCCAUUCGACCGCAGGCUCAAAAUCUCGAGGCCCUCCCGUCGGAUUGUAUACAGAAUCGUGCUUCAUAUUGAUCCUAUACAUCGGCUAUAUAUAUACGGUAGCCGCCAACUGCCCAAGCAACGUAACUCGUAAUGGAGACGUGCUGUGGUCUCGUUGCGGGCACGCUGUUCGCCAUAGUCGCGGCAAGUCACUGCGUUGCCUUCGCCAUUCCGCGCACGCGGCCAAAGUAUCACAGACGCUCGCGUGUGUUAUCACGUAGUGCAAGCCGCUUGAAUGCAGACGAUCGAUAACGACGCAUGUCUCGAGUGACCCUGCGGAGGAAGACAAGGGGAACACUGCAGGCACGCGCGACGAUUUUAAGAAAGC